CUAAAGUCAUUCCUCUUCUUUAGUAUAUUACUUCUUUUGCUUAGGUAAAAUCGGAUUCAGUCAUCUAAGUCUUCGUCAAUCCUUAAUCUACAAGAUAACUCCAUUUCUCUCCUUCACUAUAUAUUCUCAACCCCACCAUUCAUUUCUCCUUACUAAAUUCUCCCAUUACCAAUUUCAUUCAAUCUAAGCUAUCUGGAAAUGGCGGAUGAACUUAACAACAGCCUUCAAAAGCAGACUAUGUUGCACGAUCUCCAAACGAUCCUUUCCUCGUCUGAAAGAGAUUACCUUAUUCGAAACAACGGCGAUCAGGUCAAAACUGACAGUUUAAAGGGAAAAAAAAUAGGAUUGUAUUUUUCAGCUUCAUGGUGUCCUCCUUGUAGACGGUUCACUCCUAGUUUAGUGGAUUUGUACAAUGAGUUGUCAAUAAAAGGCGAUUUUGAAAUCGUGUUUAUCUCUAAGGAUAGAGAUGAUGAAUCAUUUGAAGGGUAUUUCUCAAAGAUGCCAUGGCUUGCAGUUCCAUUUUCUGAUUCUAAUGGACGUAAACAGUUGAAUGAGUUGUUUAAGGUGAAGGGGAUUCCUUUCCUGGUUUUUCUUGAUGAUAAUGGAGAAAUUGUGACAAGUGAUGGAGUUAAAAUAGUUAUGGAAUAUGGAGUUGAGGCUUAUCCAUUUAGUAAUGAUCGAAUUAAGGAAAUUAAGGAGGAGGAAGAAGAAGCUAGAGUUCAUCAAUCUCUUAAAUCUCUAUUAGUCUCCAAAUCUCGUGAUUAUCUUGUCUCAUCAGACGGAAAGAAGGUACCUGUGACUGAACUUGAAGGAAAGACAAUAGGUUUAUAUUUCUCAAUUUCUUCUUAUGGAAGAAGCACUCAGUUUACUCGUAAGCUAGUUAAUGUAGAAGAACAAAUAAAGGCAAAAAAUGCAGAUUUUGAGGUGGUGAUGAUACCUCUUGAUCAUGACGAAGAACUUUUCAAGAAGGAGCUUGAAACUAUCCCUUGGUUGUCUUUACCUUUCAAGGAUAAGAGCUGUGAAAAGUUGGCUAGGUAUUUCGAGCUCUCAUCUCUUCCCAGAUUAGUAAUCAUCGGUCCAGAUGGAAAGACUCUUAAGUCGGAUGUUGCUGAGAUCGUAGAGGAGCAUGGUGCUGAGGCAUACCCGUUUACUCCUGAGAGAUUAUCCGAGCUUGAAGAGCUGGAUAAUGCGAAACGUGAAGCUCAGACAUUUGAGUCAGUUUUGGUGUUGGGUGAUCUUAAUUUCUUGAUUGGAAAAGAUGGAGUCAAGGUUCCAAUAUCUGAAUUUGUUGUUGGGAAGAAAAAUGUUCUUCUCUACUUCUCCGCUCACUGGUGUCCACCUUGUCGAGCUUUUCUACCAAAGCUAACUGAGGUUUACAACCAAAUCAAGGAAAAAGAAGGUGAAGAAUCUUUUGAACUGAUUUUUAUCUCGAGUGAUAGGGACCAGGCAUCAUUCGACAGUUACUAUGCCACGAUGCCUUGGUUAGCACUUCCUUUUGGCGACGAUAGAAAGGAGAAAUUGUCGCGAACUUUUAAGGUUCGUGGCAUCCCGAAGCUAGUGGCACUAGGUCCCACAGGACAGACCGUGUCAGAAGAAGUACGAGAUCUAGUGAUGAGGCAUGGAGCAAAGGGGUACCCCUUUACAAAGGAACGGGUGGAGGAGUUGGAGAAGGAAGAGGAUGAACUAACAAAAGAAUGGGCUAAGAAGAUGAAGAUCGAUAGCCUUCAUAAACACGAACUUGUGUUAAUUAAGCGUAGGAAUUACAUAUGCGAUGGAUGUAAUGAGGGUGGGGAGACAUGGUCUUACUAUUGCAAGGAAUGUGAUUAUGAUCUUCAUCCAAAAUGUGCUUUUCAAGGAGCAGCUAAAGAAGAAAAGGGUUCUUCUAAAGAAGGAUGGGUGUGUGAUGGUGAAGUGUGUAGGAAGAAGGCCUAAGGAACUAUAUCUCUAUUUCUCUACUCUUCCUAAAAACUUAUUUUAAUAAUGUUGUUUUCUGAAUUUUAAUAAUGCCUAUUUCUCUA